AUGCCUCGAGCCCCCCGAACCUACUCCAAGACCGCCUCCACCCCCAACCGACCCUACGAGUCUGCUCGUCUCGAUGCCGAGCUCAAGCUCGACGGUGAGUUUGGUCUCAAGAACAAGCGAGAGAUCUACCGAAUCGGUCUCCAGCUGUCCAAGAUCCGACGAGCUGCCCGAGAGCUGCUUACCCGAGACGAGAAGGACCCCAAGCGACUUUUCGAGGGUAACGCUCUGAUCCGACGACUGGUUCGACUCGGUGUUCUUCCCGAGGACCGAAUGAAGCUCGAUUACGUUCUGGCUCUUUCCCCCGAGGAUUUCCUCGAGCGACGACUGCAGACCCAGGUCUUCAAGCUCGGUCUGGCCAAGUCCAUCCACCACGCCCGAGUGCUCAUCUCUCAGCGACACAUCCGAGUCGGCAAGCAGAUUGUCAACGUUCCUUCUUUCAUGGUUCGACUCGAGUCCCAGAAGCACAUUGACUUUGCCCUCAACUCUCCCUACGGAGGAGGACGACCCGGCCGAGUUAAGCGAAAGAACGCCCAGAAGGGUGCCUCCGAGGACGCCGAGGAGGAGGAGGACGAGGAGUAA